AUUGACCAGGUUCUCAAAGUCAAGCACAACUUUUCCUCCGAGGUUGAGUUCAGGGCCAUCAAAUCGCUGACCUUAGGGAAAGUAACAGAUAGUCAGGGACUGGAUUUGGAAAUCUCCAAGGCAAACUCCUUUGGGUUCAUUGGAUGCAUGUCAUCUGUGCAGUAUAACCAUAUUGCUCCACUGAAGGUUGCCUUAAGACACCCCAGCUUAGCACCGGUGACAGUCCUGGGUUCACUGUCUGAAUCAAACUGCAGGUCUUUGGUUGAAAUGGAUGUGAAUACAGCAACUUCAGUUUACUCUUCCUCAGAUCCAUUUGGGAAGGCAGAUGAUAAAGAGCCACUCAGCAACUCUGUCAGAAGCGAUUCAGCCUUCAUUGGAGGUGUCAUUGCAGUUGUGAUCUUCAUCAUCUUUUCCAUUGUGGCCAUUAUGAGCAGAGUCCUCUAUCAACACAAACAGAUGCAUCGGAGCAGCCAGACAAAGGAGAAAGAGUAUCCAGAGCACCUUGAUCAUUCUUUUAAGACUGAGGUUGACUUACAGAACCCAGUGAGCGAGUGCAAACGAGAAUACUUUAUCUAAAAGACUCCCUCACUCCUUGUUACACGUUGGCAUUUCCAUGAUGAUGGUGGUGGUGGUGGUGAUGGUGUUUUUAAUCCAUCUAUUACUUUGGAAUUUCCCCACUCUUUGGAAAGAACUAAUAGACACCGAAGAAAUAGGCAGAAUUCUCCAUCCAAGGUCACCAUAGCUAACACCUAACUGCUCAAGCAACUGUGUAUCCUAACUAAGUUCCUCAUUACAUGCAUGGUUGACUAUUUAGUUUCUGGUUUUCUGAAAUGUUGCUUUCUGGACCAUUUCAUGUUGGACCUGAGUGAUAUAUACUAGAGGUAAAGUGUGCAAGCUAAUUAUGUAGCAUUACAGCUAUUGCAACAAGGUAGUGUGAAAGAAUAAGACCAAAUUAUCUCACUAAAAGUGUA